AUGCACUGGGGCCUUGCCCCGGACACCGAAGGCACCGAGCAGCACCGCAGCAGCAGCAAGCAGCAGCAAGCAGCAGCGCGAAGCGGGAUAAAGCAGCAGCCGCAGAAGCAAACGGAAGGCCCAAGCAGCAGCAGCAGCAGCAGCAGCAGCAGCAGUUGGGAUAUACGGGGGCAGCAGCAGCAGACCAUCGCAGCGGCGAGAGCAAACGGAACGCAGCGGCAGCAGCAGCAAAGGGAAAUCCGCAGCCGCAGCACGAAAGCAGCAGCAGCAGCAGCAAAACGAAACCAGCAGCAGCAGCAGCAAAACGAAACCAGCAGCAGCAGCAGCAAAACGAAACCAGCAGCAGCAGCAGCAGCAGCAAAACGAAACCACCAGCUGCAGCAGCAGCAGCAGCAGCAGCAAAACGAAACCACCAGCUGCAGCAACAGCAGCAGCAGCAAAACGAAACCAGCAGCAGCAGCAGCAGCAAAACGAAACCAGCAGCAGCAGCAGCAGCAGCAGCAGCAGCAGCAGCUUCAAUACCUGCAGCGCGCAGCCCCUGGCGACGCACUCGUCGCCGGAAAGAGUGCGGGAAAUUUCUUUUCCGAAAGCCUCGCUGAUGCACUUUUGAAUCCAAGGAAUUCGCGUGCAGCCGCCGACGGCCUCGACGUAGGCGAUGUCAGUGGCUUGCAAACCUGA